UUACUCCGAGUUGUCGCGUUAGGAGGGACAUUUGAUCACUUGCACGCUGGGCACAAGAUCUUGCUGAGCAUGGCCGCAUGGAUAGCAAGCGAGAAGAUCAUUGUCGGCGUCACCGACGACGCACUGUUACAAAACAAAUCAAACAAGCAUGUUUUAGAAGAUCUGUCAACGCGGUCGGAGCGCGUACGGGCGUUCUUGGCUUUGUUCAGACCCGGAUUGGUGUACGACAUCGUUUCGAUCAAAGACGUCGCCGGACCGACCGGGUGGGACCCAGAUAUCCAUGCCCUCGUCGUCAGCCGGGAAACGAUAUCAGGUGCAUCAGCUAUUGACAAGAUAAGGACGGAAAAGGGCCUCCCGCCUCUGCGCACUUUCGUAAUCGACGUCAUUUCCGCUGAGUCGGAGAGCAUCGAGGGAGACAGCGCCGAGGCGCUCAAGCAGGCGAAGAUGAGCAGCACCUACAUCCGGGAAUGGAUCGUUAAGUACCAGCUUGAGAAAGCUCACGAUGGUCCAAAAACUCCGGACGUCAACGUAUGA